CUUUUCUUUGCUUUUUCCUCCCCGACUCAGAAGCAGCCGGUUGUAAUACUGCUCUCUCCUCCUCCCCCCCUCCCCGGCUCUAUCGAGGCUUCCAGCCCGGGAUUGCGAGCUCCUGGCCCGGCGGUGUUGCCUGCCAGCCUCGCUGCCUCUUCCUCUCUGCCUCUUGUCUCCCUUCUUUUUCCAAUCUUGCUGCAUUUUUACACUGGAGACGAGAAGGAAGCUGCCCUUUCCCAUUUUUUUUUUAAUGUCUGCGCGGUGUCCUUUUAUUAUUUCGCCUGUUUUUAUUUGAUUUGAGAGAGGGAGGGGGAAAAGGAGUGCUUUGUAAGGAAGUUUUAAAAAAAAAAGUGUCUACAUAACAACAAUGAAGAGAGAUGACUAGAAACCGAGGGACACAGACUGAUACACACAUCCAACCCGGUCUCUGGAAUACGCCUACCGUCUCCAGUCUGAUUGAUAAGAGACCAACCCAUGACGCAUUUGACUAAGUAGGGCCCAUUCAUCCAGGCACAGAUCAUUAUUUGGUUACUGAACGACCAUGGCGAAAGCGUAUGAGUUCAUGUGGCAAAAGAGGGUUCCUUCCUUUAUGCAAGAGGGUGCCGUUUUCGACAGAUAUGAAGAGGAACCGUCUGUGUUCGAACCAAACUGUCUUGUGAAAGUGGAUGAAUUUGGAUUCUUUCUCACCUGGAAAAGUGAUGGAAAGGAAGGACAAGUGCUGGAAUGUUCCAUGGUCAACAGCAUUCGAUAUGGGAAUAUCCGCAAGGAUCCCAAAUUACUGUCUGCGCUGGAGGCAGUGGGAAAAGCGGAAAACGAGCUGGAUGGAAGGAUAUUUUGCAUUUGUUGCGACGCAGACCUGGUGAACAUCAGCUUUACGUAUCUGGUGGCUGAGAGUGCUGACACGGCCAAGCAUUGGGUUGAGGGAUUGAAAUCGAUUGUCCACAACUUCAAAGCGAACAGUGUCUGCCCUAUGACCUGCCUCACAAAACACUGGAUGAGAUUAUCGUUUCUGACUAAUGUAAAUGGAAAGAUUCCAGUAAGGAGUAUUACCAGAACUUUUGCAUCAGGCAAGACAGAAAAGGUGAUAUUUCAGGUAUUGAAAGAGCUCGGUUUUCCAAGUGGCAAGAUUGAUGAAAUUGAGCCAGCUGUUUUCACCUUUGAUAAGUUUUAUGCACUAACUCAAAAAAUUUGCCCACGCACUGACAUCGAAGAACUAUUCAGGACACUCAAUGGAGACAAAACUGAUUACUUAACUGUAGACCAAUUAGUCAGCUUUCUGAAUGAAAAUCAACGAGAUCCUCGUCUGAAUGAGAUUCUGUUUCCCUUCUAUGAUACCAAAAGAGCAAUGCAGAUACUCGAACAUUAUGAACCCGAUGAAGCGUUGAGAAAGCAAGCCAGCAUGUCGUCCGAUGGGUUCUGCAGGUACCUGAUGUCGGAUGAAAAUGCGCCAGUCUUCCUCGAUCGCUUGGAGCUGUAUCAAGAAAUGGAUCAACCGCUCUCGCACUAUUUCAUCAGCUCCUCUCACAACACCUAUCUCACGGGUCGGCAGUUUGGAGGCAAGUCCUCAGUGGAGAUGUACAGACAAGUCCUUCUGUCUGGCUGCAGAUGUAUUGAAUUAGAUUGCUGGGAUGGAAAAGGGGAAGACCAAGAGCCAAUAAUAACACACGGCAAGGCGAUGUGCACAGAUAUUCUUUUUAAGGAUGUAAUACUAGCCAUCAAGGAGACGGCAUUUGUAACAUCAGACUACCCUGUUAUCCUCUCAUUUGAAAAUCACUGCAGCAAACCCCAGCAGUACAAGAUGGCCAAGUACAGUGAAGAAAUCUUUGGAGACCUUCUAUUGAAGCAGCCGCUGGAAAACAACCCACUAGAUGCCGGCAGACCUCUGGCAUCUCCGAACGACCUGAAGAGAAAAAUACUCAUCAAAAAUAAGAGGUUAAAACCUGAAGUAGAGUCAAAGCAGCUUGAGACGUUUAAAAGCCUGAUGGAGGCCGGGGAAGCCUCCAGCCCAGCAAGCAUGUUGGAGGAUGAAAACGAGGAGGAAAUCGAAAACGCUGACCUAUCAUCGAUUUCGGUUGACCAAGAUGAAGCACAUCCUGAAUUGAAAAUCAAUAGUGAGCUUUCUGCAGAUGACAUAACUCAGGAGAAAGAAGCACUUGUCAAUAGUGUGAAGAAGGUAAUCGAAGACACUGAACCGGAGAGUAACAAAAAGGGAACUAUAACUGUAGAAGACGAACAGGCCUGGGUAUCAUCCUAUACUUAUGUUGGAGCCACCACCAAUAUACAUCCCUACUUGUCCGCCAUGGUCAACUAUGCCCAGCCAGUGAAAUUUCAAGGCUUUAAGAUUGCAGAAGAGCGAAAUAUCCACUGCAAUAUGUCCUCGUUUAAUGAGUCAGUUGGACUGGGAUAUCUGAAGACACACGCGAUAGAGUUCGUCAAUUAUAAUAAGCGACAAAUGAGUCGCAUUUACCCCAAGGGUGGUCGCGUGGAUUCCAGCAAUUACAUGCCUCAGAUCUUCUGGAACGCUGGCUGCCAGAUGGUCUCCCUGAACUUCCAGACUCCAGAUUUAGCCAUGCAGUUAAAUCAGGGAAAGUUUGAAUACAAUGGAUCGUGUGGUUAUCUCCUGAAGCCUGAUUUCAUGCGGCGACCAGACCGGACCUUUGACCCGUUCUCUGAGACCCCGGUGGACGGUGUGAUUGCAGCUACCUGCUCUGUAAAGGUGAUAUCAGGACAGUUUCUAUCAGAUAAGAAAAUCGGCACGUAUGUAGAGGUGGACAUGUACGGUCUCCCCACUGAUACAAUACGCAAGGAGUUCCGCACACGGAUGGUGAUGAACAACGGUUUGAACCCAGUUUACAAUGAGGAGGCAUUUGUAUUCAGGAAGGUAAUUCUGCCUGACCUGGCGGUAUUGAGGAUAGCAGUGUACGAUGACAACAACAAGUUGAUUGGCCAGCGGAUCUUGCCUUUGGAUGGGCUUCAAGCUGGCUGCAGGCACAUCUCGCUCCGAAAUGAAGGCAACAAGCCCCUGUCUCUGCCCACAGUCUUCUGUAACAUUGUGCUGAAAACAUACGUCCCGGAUGGCUUUGGAGAUAUCGUUGAUGCUCUGUCAGAUCCGAAGAAAUUUUUGUCUGUGAUGGAGAAGCGGGCUGACCAAAUGCGGGCAAUGGGAAUUGAAACUAGCGAUAUCGCGGAUGUGCCGAGCGACAACACCAAAAACGACAAGAGAGGGAAGGCCAAUACGGCGAAAGCAAGUGUCACGCCACAGAGCAGCUCAGAACUGCGGCAAAACUCAACGGCCGGGCAAGGAGUCGGAAACGAUGCAAAGAAAGAUAUGACACUCGUACCCCAGGUGAAUAUUGAGGACUUGAAGCAGAUGAAGGCCUAUCUAAAGUUGCAGAAGAAGCAACAAAAAGAACUGAGUGCAAUAAAGAAAAAGCAUGGCAAGGAUCACAGUGCCACUCAGAAGUCACAUUGUAUGCAGGUGGACAAACUUGUAGCCCAGCAUGACAAGGAGAAAUUAACCCAAGAGAAGAUCUUGGAGAAGGCAAUCAAGAAAAAGGGAGAAAACAAUUGUGUUGAUUUGAAGAAGGAAACCGAGAUCAAAAUAGAAACCUUAUCUUCAGAUCACAAAUUAAAGGUGAAAGAGAUAGUCACCCAGCAGACCAAGGAGUGGUCGGAGAUGUUAAAUGUUCAUUGUGCAGAGGAACAGGAGCAAAGGGACCUUCACUUGAGCCAACAAUGUGAUUUGUUAAAGAAACUCCUCAUGAACAUGCACGAGCAGCAAAGCCAGCAUCUCAAACUCAUCCAUGAUAGGCACAGCAAAGAAAUGCGAGCUAAUCAAGCCAAGAGUUCCAUGGAGAACAGCAAAGCCAUAAGCCAUGAUAAAAGAAUCAAGAAUAAAGCUGAAAGGGAAAGGCGGGUGAGAGAGCUGAACAGCAGCAACACUAAAAAGUUCCUGGAAGAACGGAAACGGCUCGCAAUGAAGCAAUCCAAGGAAAUGGACCAAUUAAAGAAAGCUCAGCUCGAACAACUGGAGGGCUUGGAAAGACAAAAUGAUCAGCUGCUGAAAUCAUGUCAUGCAGGGUGUGUCUCCCAAGGCAAAAGAGAUGCGGCAGAUGGUGAAGCUGGAGGCCGAAAUGGCUCGUCGACCAGCGACAGUGGUCUGAAUUCCCCAGAAGCCGACUGAGGCGACACACACAUCCGUCACGCACGCACGCAACGAAUGACGACGUCCAAACACCACCGACCCCCAGUCACAACUUCGCCAUCUCUUCUUACCUCACCAACCUUUUUUGUAGCCAUCUAUUUUCAGUAUCAAAGAUUCGACAUACA